UUGUGCAGUGGUAUUGAGGCUAAGCAGCCUAACUCUGCUAUCCGUAAGUGUGCUAGAGUUCAGCUUAUCAAAAACGGCAAGAAGAUUGCCGCUUUUGUCCCCAACGAUGGUUGCUUGAACUACAUUGAGGAAAAUGACGAGGUGUUGAUCGCCGGGUUUGGUCGUAAGGGUCAUGCUGUGGGAGAUAUUCCCGGAGUCAGGUUCAAGGUCGGCAAGGUUUCUGGUGUCUCACUCUUGGCCCUCUUCAAGGAGAAGAAGGAGAAGCCUAGAUCUUAAACAAUGCCGCCAUGCUUUUGAAUUUUGAUGUUAUAAUCACUUUUUGCUAGUUCAGUCUUUUUUAAAAAUACUCUCUUCUGUUCUAAAGGUGUGUUAAAACAUUUUCUUAAUGAAUCUUUGUGUUCAGCUUC